GCUCAACACGCUGACUGGGAGAAACACGUUUAGCCAAGAAUCGAGUUUUUAUCGCUUAUUCUAUCAAGUUCCGACCUUGUCCGCCUUUGGAAUAUGAAAUGAGGGCAGCGCCUGGUAGAUUAAGGUGAGAUGAGGCGAGUUUCUGGUCGUUUUUAAUGAGGAGUACCUGAGGGAGUCAUGAACGAGCUGAAAUCGUCCACCUGAAAGUGGAGGACAUUCCUGUUUAAAGCGAAACUUCAGCAUCCACUGAUCCAGUCGGGCAUUGAAGUGAAUACCAGUGUUUGAAGCACUUCAGUGUCAAAAAUCAGCCAGCCAAAUAUGGGUGAGACAGCAGCCACAGAGGACGGGACAGUGACGAGGUCCGCAGAGUACAUCGGCUCAUUUCCUGUUGACGACAGCUGUCUGGAUGAACAAAUCGAACAACUGCACACCCAGCUGAAGUCCCUCAAGAACUGCAAGCGAAGGCGAGCCGUCUCCCUGAAAUUCUCCAUCAAAGGAGUGAAGGUGUAUAAUGAGGAUGAGACGACUCUUCUGAUGGCACAUGCUCUGCGCCGAGUCUCCCUCUCCAUCGCUCGGCUGUCUGAUUCUCAGUUCGCCUUCGUCGCCCACAACCCCGGCAGCCCUGACACCCAGCUCUACUGCCACCUCUUCAAGGCCCGACAUGCCAGAGCUGCCCAGUUCCUGAACCUGCUGCUGUGCCGCUGUUUCCAGCUGUGUUACCUGGAGAGGCAUCCAGAAGAGGCUCAGAGCGAGUCGCCUGGAGACUCGCCCGUUCGUGUCCCUUCCCUGCUGAAUCACGGCUUCCCCCUCAGUGUCAGCGCCCUGGUGUCCUUCCGCAGGGCGCCCACCCAGGGGCUGUUGCCAGGAGCAAAGGUGUCCUCCACACCCAGCCCGGAUCCUGUGAGCAAUCCAGACGAGGUCUUCCUGACCUCCCCUACGCUCGUACGUAAGAAGGCCAUCAGAGAGAAAGUGCUGCGCUCUGGCGCUUACCGCUCUUUUACUUGUACGCCUGUAAAACAGCGCCACCUGCAGGACCGGCUGAACCCUCCACAAGACAAGGGGCCGGACAGUACACCAGUGUUCAGGGUGCGCGCUCCAAGCUUGGCCGAAACCGAAGAAGCACUGGCUCAUGCCGUGUGGAGCUGGGCUGGCAUCUCUAGUGACAGCAGUUCUUCACUGCUUGCUGAGGAUGUCCUUGGUUCCUACUUGCUGUGUCCCCACCCUAAGAACCCCAGCAUCGGAUCUCUCCUUAUACGCUUCCCUUCAGGCCUGGUCACUCUGACUAUUGGGACCUCCAAAGGAAAAAUUUUCCUUGAGAAGUGCCACAUUUUCUUUGAAAGCCUCAUGGCUUUGAUAGAGCACUACACCCAGUUCAGAGGAGAGCUGGAGUGUCCACUGAGUUGUGCUCGAGUCAACCACUGUUACGAAUGGGAGGAGAACACGAGCACGAGUCCACGGUCACAGCAGGGGAGCAAACGAAACGACAAAUACCAGUGCUGGGUCUAAAUUAUGUUGCAUUUAUUUUUAAAUCCUUGUAAUUGUUAAUUGUUCAGUGUUUU